CUCAUUAGAUUGGACCCCGCUAUCUGUCGGUGACUUCGCAGUCUGUUGUUGUUUACCUCACUCUCACAGGGAGAGGAACAAGUCAAGUAACAAGGUGGUCCAUCCAUCUACCUAUCUAUCUAUCCAUCUAUCUCUCCAUCCAUUCUGUUCUUCAUCAUCUUGCCUCGCCGAGUUCCAGUUCAAACAGUGAAAGUGGGAGCGCAAAAGAUGAUCUCAACUUGAGAUCUCUAGCAGGAGAUCGCAAUUUCCUGGGGUCUCCCUCCACUCAAGUCUAUGAGGAUUUUGGCAAAGGUCGAACUAUAUUCCCCGCUUCCUGCCAGCCCAUCGAGGAACAAGCCACAAGGGUAAAGGCAAAAGAAGUUAGAUCACGGAUUCAAGGAGGAAGCAAAGUCAAGCUGAGCCUCAUCAUCAUCCUCAUCGUCUGCGUCUUUCGAAACUAGUACGUCCUUGUCCCAAUAAGGAUCAAGAGUAGAAAGAAAGCACGCACAUCCCUGCCACGACCACGUACUUGAGUGGAACCUGGAAGGUGAGGAGGUGCUCCUGGACCGUGGAAAAUAUUUCAUGAAUACGUUCAAGAGGGCAUGAAAUCGUAAUAUUGCACUAGUCAAGCUACUGCUAACGAACUCUAGGGACAGUUCCCGAGAGCCAAGGCGACUUGAGAAUUCCUGCAACUUUUGGGCAAGCCGCAACAAAGUCAAGAAUGCCUUUCUUGUUGUCUCCGUUGAUCUCACGCGCUGAAUUUUAAGGGAGUUAUGUGCUGGUGAGGCUGCUAAGAAUUCUUGUCGAAUUGUCCAGGUCCAGGAUGAGUAACCCCCGAACAAAUAGAAAGACCUGCUCAACGUGGGACAAGAAGAAGUACUCGUAGAACUAGUAGAGAUAGUAGAUGAAGUAGUAAUCUUCAGUGCUCUCAAGGUUUCUUUUCCAAAGAAUUCCACCUUGAACAAUCAGUAGCGCAUUCCCCAAGCACUAAAGUGAUCCUCUCGAGGCAAAAGUCGGAGGAGGAACAGGCCUUGGUGGUGGUGGUGGAGGAGGUGGUGGUGCCGUGGUGUUGGCGUGGGUGUGCAUGCACUUAUGAGGAGCUCAAAGUGAGUCAGAAUUCCUUCAUCAUUAAUGUGUCACUCAAGUACCCGAGUAGUUCCUGAAUUACUUCCACACCGGUCGGAUCAUCUUCCCCAACAUCUACUGCAACGACUUCUCGGUCAGGAGGGACCACUUCAAACAUGAUCAUGAGAACCAUUCCCGAAGAGAUCACUACUGGUGGGGCCACAACAGACAAGUUUCAGAACACCGGCGGAGGCGACACCGACCAAUGCAACCAAGAGAGCCUUCUUACGACGACAACUCCCACUGCCUCGCAACUCUCUACAAUGUCAGUGAACCUCACUGUACCCAAAGAGUCCCCGGCCAAAGCCGUGAAAGAGCGCCAAAAAAGACACGUGUCCCGUCGAGCCAAGAGCCCGUCAGUUCGGCCGCAUUCACGGGUCAAGUCCAAGUCUCCUAAUCCGAGUUUUUGUAGUGUGCUUAGUCGAGUCAAGGAUUGGGAACUGGGCGCCUUCACUCCAAAGACUGCCUUGGCAGAUAAUGUGGAUGUAGUGCGUCGAAGUGCUUGCAGUGAUUCGGAUGCCACGCAAAGGUCGGGCUCGGAUGCCUUUAAAGGCUCCCCACCGGAGUCUCCCUCUUCAGAUCAGGAGAACAUUCAAUUACUCCCAGUUGCUCGGAAGAAAUCCUCGAAUUGCAACGACGAAGGCUCCACCAAAGACGAGAACAAGGCCCCAUCAAACCUUACCGUCAGCACACUGAAGUCGAACAUAGGAGACCUGGAUAUCAGGAUUGCCAACAAAUAUCGGCUGGGCCGGAAGAUCGGAGGAGGGUCGUUUGGCGACAUUUAUUUGGCCAUAAACAUCCAGACAGGCGAGGAGGUUGCCAUCAAAUUAGAGCAAGCCAAAGCCAAACAUCCCCAACUACAUAUCGAAUGCAAGUUCUAUAAAGUUUUGCAAGGAGGAGUUGGAAUUCCUCAAGUCCUUCAUUAUGGCAAGGAGGGUGACUACAGGGUAAUGGUUAUGGAGCUCCUAGGACCAAGUCUGGAGGAUCUCUUUAAUUUUUGUCAGAGAAAGUUCUCUUUGAAGACGGUGCUCCUUUUAGCCGAUCAAAUGGUCAGCCGCAUUGAGUUUAUUCACAGCAAGAACUUUAUUCACCGUGAUAUCAAGCCGGACAACUUCCUCAUGGGUCUGGGCAAAAAAGGGAAUCUCGUGUUUGCCAUCGAUUUCGGAUUAGCCAAGAAGUUCCGUGACAAUCGAACUCAUCAACAUAUUCCGUACCGAGAAAACAAGAAUUUGACUGGAACUGCCAGAUAUGCAUCCAUCAAUACCCAUUUGGGCAUUGAACAAUCCCGACGGGAUGACAUGGAAGCGUUGGGAUAUAUUUUCAUGUAUUUCUUGCAAGGUGUCUUACCCUGGCAAGGACUAAAGGCCAAAACCAAGGCCCAAAAGUACGAAAAGAUCAGUGAAAAGAAAUUGUCAACGUCAGUCGAAGAUUUAUGUAAAGGCCAACCAACGGAGUUUGCCACCUAUCUGAACUACUGCCGCUCCUUGAGAUUUGAAGAGAAACCUGACUAUGGUUACCUCAGACAAUUGAUUCGAAAUCUCUUCCAUCGCCAAGGUUUCUCGUAUGACUACGUUUUCGAUUGGAACGCCUUGAAAGAUAACCAAACUUAUCGGGACGAUGAGGGCCGGGAGAGAAGACACACUGGAGGACCAGGUAGUCCUGGUCUGAGCCCAGGAACUGGGACAAAACUUAUCAAACAAAAUACGUCACCGCAUCAUCGAUUAAAAGCCUCAAAUGGGAACAAAGGCCUGGCCAUGGGCGGGCCAACAUUUCACAGGCACAGUUUUGACAUGGGAGUUCCUCAAGAAUCUUCGGCUAUCGCGCAAGCGUCCUCGACAGUGAAAGAUGUAUCAACUGGUAAAGCCAAACCCACGGUGAAUGUCCAAUGGACUAAUCCCACCAUAACCACUGUCACCCCAGCCACACCCAUUCCACAAUAUGAUGAAGUUGACACCGAUGAGCAUCAAGAAUCAUGCAGUCCAGGAGGUCCAGGUAUGGACAUGUCUGCAUUUUUUGCGAAGCCGACCUCCUCAUCCCCAUCGCAUCGAGGCUCCCGAACAGAAGAAAGACGAGGGAUCAAGAAUACCAGUAAUAAAAAAAACCACCAUGAUAAUAACAACACUUACCACAGCUACAACAAUCUGCAAUACAAUAAUAACAAUGCUACUAAGAAUCCAGCUCUUAACGUGGAUGGCUAUGAAGCAGAACAGGAGGAGCCAACCAAAUCUACUCUUUCGUGGAAUCCUCAGCAAUGAUUAAUGUGGAGAAUAUCAAAUGUCACUGAUUAUUUGCUUCAAAUACGCCAUGAUGUAUGAAGAAAGUCAUCUUUACACCAAUGGUCGGCUGUGCGUCUUAUAGUUAGGAGUACGUACUUUCCAUCCAGUAUCUCCUCACAAUCAAAAAUCACAAGAUACGAGCUCAAUUUUAAAGAAGAUCAUGACCGUUCUUGAAUCAUGAAUGAUCAAAGAAUAUUGAGUUGUAAACGGUUUUAAAUGACUUACUGAAAUAUACUGAAAAAUCCAACCAUCA